AUGGAUAAGAAGGUUUCUAAAAAGCUCAAAAAUUUUGAAACAAUGAAUUGGUUGAAAAACCGAUUUAAGAAUUAGGUUAGGGAAAAAUAUAUCUUAAAUGACAAAGAACUCAAGGAACAAAUCAUGAUGAAGGCUGUUUUCAAAUCCAUUGAUAGAGACAAAUCAAGUUACAUUUUAUUUUUUCACCUUAUCUUUAGAAUUCUUAGAUAGGUCGGAACUCUAUGAUAUGUUCAAACGAUACGGCAUCAACAUCACUAAAGCCAAACUGAAGGAGUUUUUUAAAAGAAUCGAUUAAGACGAAGAUGGUAAACUCAUCAUUUAAUCUCAGACAAACUCAAUUGGAAUGAUUUCAAAUAAGCCUUGCAGAACCAGGAAGCAUUGUAAAGUAAGCUUUACCUGUUAAAUCAAUAGUGUUUGCCGAACUCAUGAGAAAGGUAAGAGAGUCCUCAGAAAAAAAAGGAAAACUAGAAGAAUUGAAUUUCAUCCCCUUGAGUUUUCCCAAUAUGAUACAAUACAUGAAUUAUUGUGUAUUAAGGGAAGAACUUAUUCAAAAGAUAAACUCUAAUUAGUUGAAUGCUCAAUAGAAGAUUAAACAAUGCAAGAAUCUUUUAUCUUUGGAGGACAUAUGCUAUAAUAAGGUUGUUGAGAUAAAGGAUGACAAUGAUGACGAAUAGGAAGAGGCUGCCUUCAUUAAGUCAGCGAAGAAAUCCUAUGAUCAUCAAUAAGUCGCUAUUUUACGAAGGUUGUAAGAAAAAGAGUAAAUUGAAUAACGUCAAGUAAAAAUUAAUUUUAAGUAUUAGAGUCGGCUUAGAAGAUUAAGUACAUCGUAGUAUUACAGAUCCGAUAAUGAAAAAAAUAAUAGAUCAUUAAGAUAAAAGAGCUGUCAAUUCAACACUGAUAAGAAUUAAAAUGCUCAAUCAGAAUUCAAAUAAAUUGAUCAAUUAAUUUCUGAAAAUCGCAAAGAUCUUCCUGCUAUUAAAAAUGACAUCCAGUAGAAAGUACAGAUUCCUAUGUUAAUGUCAGAAAGAAUAUAUGAAAGUGAUACUCCUUUCAAAUAUAAUCAGAGAAGCAAGGAUUCUUCUAUUGCAGAGAUUCCUAAAGGGCAGCACUUCAUGACAUAAAAUCCUAUAGUAUUUUAAAUAAUUUUAAUCUUAUAGAGUCUCAGAACAUAAUCCAAGUCAUCUAAUAGAAAACAAUAAUUUUCCAAAAAUAGAAUUAAAAUGCUGUCCUAAACAGAGUUACCCAAAAAUUUAAAUAAAAAAUGA